GCUUAAAUGAAGAACUGGGAUUUUGAGAAUAUGUCUUUUAUAGUUUUACUUUCACCAGCUGUAGGAUCAUAGAGCAAACCCAGGUGGAAUCGCUGGUCUGACUGGACUCAAUACUGUGCUCCAGAAACAUGGCUGACCUUAAACCCGUGACUUCAUCUGUCAACCGGACGUGUGAUCCGGUUGUCCCAUCAGUCAACCCUUUCUUCAUGCUGGUCUACAGUCUAGUGUUUCUGGUGGGUUUACUCCUCAAUGGCUUCAUCAUAAAGUUUUACUGUUGCCAAGCUCGGCAGCAGGCAUCGAGGAGCUUGAUGGUCUACUUGAAGAACCUGACAGCUGCUGACUUCCUGCUGUGCGUCUCUUUGCCAAUGCGUGUCACUGAUUAUGCCAGCAGGUCUGUCAUCUUUCGGGAGCUCUACUGCAGCUUUGGAGUUACUUCCCUGUAUCUCAACAUGUACGCCAGCAUCAUAUUCAUGGGGUACAUCGCUGCCAACAGGUAUCUGACAAUCAUCCAUCCUUCAGGAACUCACAUCCUGCAGACAGUACGGACUGCCCACAUUGUCUCCAUGGUCACCUGGGUUUUUCUCCUGGCUGCAACAAUCACCUACAACAUUAUGUUUUUCAUCACUCACAAACCUCUGACCUCUGACCCUGGCUACUGUGGGCCCCUCUUCAGUACGUCAUUCAGCGUCCUUCACAAAACAUUUCAAAUCAGUUGCACCAUCAUCUUCCUCUUAGUCUUCAUAUCCCUGGUCUUCUUCUACUACGGCACCUCCCGCAAGGUGUUGCAGGCACAGCAGAGUCAGCUGGCCUCCUUCAGCACUGACAAGCUUCUGAAGUCUCGCAGGAACAUGUUGGUGCUGGUCAGCAUCUUCUGUGUUUGCUUUGUGCCCUAUCACCUGGCUCGUCUUCCCUAUACCUUUUUGUGGACCAGCUGCUCUGUGGGUCGGCUAUUGUACUACUUGAAGGAAGUGACCACCGUCUUGUCAGUUUUAAACAUUUGUCUGGACCCUCUUGUUUACUUUUUCCUCUGUAAGACUUUUCGAGCUCAGGUGAACUUUAGCAUGGGGUCAAGAAUGACAACACAAGCAACCCAGGAGAGUGAGAGCAGCAGGAAAGAGGUGGAAAUUGUAGAGUUAAAUCCAUGAGCUAUUAUGCAAAGUUCUACUUUUUUGAAAUACAAAGAGUUAUAUUUGAUUUUAUAGUCAGAUUAGACCAGUGAAACCAUGUCAUGAGUCAUGAAUUCCAAGUUCUCAUGAGCCACAGAAGGUUCUGCCGAGAUAUCAUUAUGAGUCUAAACUGAGCACAAAUCCACUCCCACACAGAUAGCACCAGUUUAUGUUGCUAGCUUUCACCUAUUAGCUAAGUAGCUGAAUCUGAAGCUGAUUAAUCUGAAGCUUAAUCAGUCUAAUGAUCAAAUUUAUAAAAAAUAAAUACAAAAUCUCAAGUUGUUUCUGAAAUCUUGUUCUUUAAAAAAAAAAAAAAAAAAAACAGCUUUAAAUUUUAAAAUUGCAAAAUUGUCUUUGCUGCUUUUGAUGAUAUAGGAAAAAUUGCUACUUUUAUUAUUUCAAUAAUAUGGUCUCUCUGAGCCUGGUUCUGCCAACGGUUACUUCCUGUUAAAUUUCCUUCCCACUGUCACCAAGUGCUUGCUCAAUGUGAGUUGUCUGAUGGUUGACGUUUUCUCUGCAUUACUGUAGGGUCUGUACCUUACAAUAUAAAGCGCCUUGAGGUGACUGUAUGUUUUUGGAUGUUUGCAUGUUGCGUAUGUAGAACCACAGCAACUUCUUCCUUCUGCAGUUUCCACUGAACUGACGUCUGACACUUAAGUGACAUUUCUCAGCACAAAGCUGAUAAGAGUGUGUAUUAAAUGUGAUACUGUCUGAGUCUCUUUAUGCCUCUUUGCGGUAAAUUGUGUUUUUCUGCUGUUAAUGGUGAGUGUUUUUCCAAAACAGGAAAGAUGACCACAGAGCUGCUGGAAAUUGCUAAAGGCUUCUAACAAAUAAAAAAAGAAAAACAAACAAACAAAAGAAAAACUUCAUGGCAAAUGACACCACUUCUAACACCCUGUACAGUAACAGUAAUCCUAUAACCUGCAGUGACAUGCUGAAAAUCCUCUUUUUCACUGACACCUGGACAUCAUACUUUAUUGCAUCACCUGGGAGAACAUUGUCUGCUGGGACCUUAGGACUGCCUGCAUUUGGAUCCUUAAAUGAAAUUCAGCACUUUAUGAUAACAAUGUCAUGUUGCAUGUGUUUUGUCACACCUCUCUGUGACACCACUGCACCAUAUUAUCAUGGCAAAAAGAGAUCUUUCAAAAAUAUAUCAAUUUUUAUAUCUAAAUUUACCCAUAUCGUCAGCAACAUAUAUAUGAAAUGAUGCUGAAUCUCUGGAUUUAUUAUAUUAUUUUUUGAUUUAUGAGUCCCACGUUGAGGCUAGAGCUCACUCUGCUCAUGUUUUUUGCUGAUUUUUUUUCAUUAGCUGUUGUUCAAGUGAAGAUGCCAGUUGAGAGCUGCAUUUGAUCUUUGAGUUUUUUCAUUGUACACUUAAACAGAUGUAAACACCUCAUGAUUGUUCAAACCAA